CGCGGCUCCACCCGCGAUCCUCCUCCUCCUGCUCCCGGACCUUCCCGCCGCUGUCCACACUCCCGCGGCUGCCAGGUGCUCCUGGAGCGCACAGCGCCAGACCCCCGGGAGCUAGGGGUCCCGCCGAUCGGUCGCGAAGCCACUGUCGCCAACGCUACUUCUGUCCCCGCCGCCUCAGAUCCCUUCAUGAGGCCGUGAGCUCGGAGGCCCAGCAUGCUGAUCAGGCUUUCCCCAGCGCUCGCCGUCCUGGGCGCAGCCCUACUCCUGUCUUCCAUUGAGGCAGAAGUUGAUCCACCUUCAGACUUGAAUUUUAAAAUAAUAGAUGAAAAUACUGUUCACAUGUCAUGGGCAAGACCAGUUGAUCCAAUUGUGGGUUAUCGAAUAACAGUGGAUCCUACAACAGAUGGGCCCACUAAGGAAUUUACCCUUGCAGCUAGUACCACUGAAACUUUAUUAUCAGACCUUAUACCUGAAAUAGAGUAUGUGGUGACAAUAACUUCGUAUGACGAAGUAGAAGAAAGUGUACCAGUUAUAGGCCAAUUAACAAUUCAAACAGGUGGUCCAACAAAGCCUGGGGAGAAAAAACCUGGAAAAACAGAGAUACAAAAAUGCUCUGUCGGUGCCUGGACUGACUUGGUUUUCCUCGUGGAUGGCUCCUGGAGUGUGGGAAGAAAUAAUUUCAAGUACAUUUUAGACUUCAUUGCUGCUCUUGUGUCUGCUUUUGACAUUGGGGAGGAGAAAACAAGGGUUGGAGUUGUUCAGUACAGUUCUGAUACCAGGACUGAAUUUAACUUAAAUCAGUACUAUCAAAGAGAUGAGCUUCUUGCUGCAAUUAAAAAAAUCCCAUACAAAGGUGGCAACACGAUGACAGGGGAUGCCAUUGAUUACUUGGUCAAAAACACUUUCACAGAGCCCGCUGGAGCAAGGGUUGGCUUUCCUAAAGUAGCAGUUACUGUUACGGAUGGCAAGUCUCAAGAUGAGGUGGAGAUUCCAGCACGAGAGCUUCGGAAUAUUGGAGUCGAAGUUUUCUCUUUGGGCAUUAAAGCUGCAGAUGCAAAAGAAUUAAAACAAAUUGCAUCCACACCUUCACUGAACCAUGUCUUCAACGUGGCCAACUUUGAUGCCAUUGUGGAUAUUCAGAAUGAGAUAAUUUCCCAGGUGUGCUCAGGUGUCGAUGAACAACUUGGUGAAUUGGUUAGUGGAGAAGAAGUUGUUGAGCCUCCUUCAAAUUUGGUUGCCACAGAAGUCUCAUCAAAAUAUGUUAAGCUAAGUUGGGAUCCAUCUCCUAGCCCAGUGACUGGCUAUAAAGUCCUCCUCACACCAAUGGCAACAGGAAGCCGACAGCAUGCUUUAAGUGUGGGGCCUCAGACGACCAUGCUCAAUGUUCGUGACCUCUCAGCAGACAUGGAAUACCAGAUCAGUGUUUAUGCCAUGAAGGGGCUGACAUCCAGUGAACCCAUUUCAAUAAUGGAGAAGACUCAACCAAUGAAAGUUCAAGUGGAAUGCUCACGUGGUGUGGAUAUAAAAGCUGACAUUGUGUUUCUGGUUGAUGGUUCCUAUAGCAUUGGGAUUGCAAACUUUGUUAAAGUUAGAGCCUUUUUGGAAGUUCUUGCAAAAAGCUUUGAGAUUUCACCAAACAGGGUACAGAUAAGCCUUGUUCAAUAUAGCAGGGAUCCUCAUACUGAGUUCACUUUGAAAGAAUUUAACAAAGUUGAAGAUAUAAUUAAAGCAAUAAACACUUUCCCCUACAGAGGAGGAUCUACGAACACUGGCAAAGCAAUGACUUACGUUAGAGAGAAAAUAUUUGUGCCUAACAAGGGUUCAAGAAGCAAUGUACCAAAGGUCAUGAUUCUUAUCACUGAUGGCAAAUCAUCGGAUGCUUUUAGAGAUCCUGCCAUAAAACUAAGGAAUUCAGAUGUUGAAAUCUUUGCAGUUGGUGUGAAAGAUGCUGUUCGCUCAGAAUUGGAAGCCAUUGCCUCUCCUCCUGCUGAGACCCAUGUGUUCACUGUGGAAGAUUUUGAUGCUUUUCAGAGGAUAUCUUUUGAACUUACACAAUCGAUUUGUCUUAGAAUUGAGCAAGAAUUGGCAGCUAUAAAGAAGAAAGCUUAUGUGCCUCCAAAAGAUCUUAGUUUUUCUGAAGUGACUUCUUAUAGUUUCAAAACCAACUGGUCACCUGCUGGAGAAAAUGUUUUUUCAUAUCACAUCUCAUACAAGGAAGCUACUGGGGAUGAUGAGGUUACAGUGGUGGAGCCAGCUUCAAGCACCAGUGUCAUUCUCAACAACCUGAAGCCAGAGACCCAGUACUUGGUCAAUGUGACUGCAGAGUAUGAAGAUGGCUUCAGCAUUCCCCUAGCUGGAGAGGAGACCACGGAUGAAAUUAAAGGAGCACCUCGAAACCUAAAAGUGACAGAUGAGACUACAGAUAGUUUUAAAAUUACCUGGAAUCAAGCUCCAGGGAGAGUUUUAAGAUAUCGGAUUAAAUAUAGACCAGUUACUGGUGGAGAAAGCAAGGAAGUUACCACCCCAGCCAAUCAAAGGAGGAGAACGCUGGAGAACUUGAUACCAGACACAAAAUAUGAAGUAUCUGUAAUUCCUGAAUAUUUCUCUGGACCUGGCUCUCCAUUGACUGGAAAUGCAGCUACUGAAGAAGUUAGAGGGAAUCCAAGAGACUUAAGAGUCUCUGACGCCACAACAUCAACUCUCAAAUUAUCUUGGAGUGGGGCACCAGGAACAGUGAAACAGUAUCUCGUCACCUACACCCCAGCAACAGGAGGUGAAACUCAAGAGGUCACUGUGAGGGGAGACACUACGAACACCGUGUUGAGCAGAUUGAAGGAAGGGACACGGUAUGCCUUAUCUGUGACAGCCUUGUAUGCAUCUGGUGCUGGAGAUGCCCUUUUUGGAGAAGGAACAACACUUGAAGAACUUGGCUCACCUCAAGACUUAGUUAUUAAGGAUAUCACUGACACGUCAGUUGGCGCUUAUUGGAUAUCUGCUCCAGGAAUGGUUCGUGGAUACAGGGUCUCAUGGAAAUCGCUUUAUGAUGAUGUUGAGGCUGGGGAGAAAAAUCUUCCUGGAGAUGCAAUUUACACUGUAAUAGAAAAUCUGCAGCCAGAGACCAAAUACAAAAUUUCCGUUUUUGCAACUUACAGCAGUGGAGAAGGAGAACCGUUGACUGGAGAUGCCACGACUGAAUUAUCCCAAGAUUCCAAAACCUUAAAAGUGGAUGAAGAAACAGAACAUACGAUGAGAGUUACAUGGAAACCAGCACCAGGAAGAGUUGUCAACUAUCGUGUUAUAUAUCGCCCCCAGGGGGGAGGGAGACAAAUGGUUGCUAAAGUGCCACCCGCAGUCACCUCAACAGUGUUAAAGCGACUUCAACCCCAAACUACAUAUGACAUCACGGUUCUCCCAAUGUAUAAGACAGGAGAAGGAAAAGUUAGGCAAGGAUCGGGGACAACAGCUUCUCGAUUUAAGUCACCCAGAAACCUCAAAACAUCUGACCCAACUAUGUCAAGUUUCCGAGUGACUUGGGAGCCUGCCCCUGGAGAAGUGAAGGGCUACAAAGUCACAUUCCACCCCACGGGGGAUGACAGAAGACUAGGAGAGUUAGUUGUUGGACCAUAUGACAACACAGUUGUUUUGGAGGAACUUAGGGCAGGUACCACCUAUAAAGUAAAUGUUUUUGGAAUGUUUGAUGGAGGAGAAAGUUCACCACUUGUUGGACAAGAAAUGACAACCCUUUCUGACACAACUGUAAUGCCAAUUUUAUCCUCUGGGAUGGAGUGUCUCACCAGAGCUGAAGCAGACAUUGUGUUGCUGGUGGACGGAUCAUGGAGCAUCGGCCGAGCAAAUUUUAGAACCGUGAGAAGUUUCAUUUCUCGUAUUGUGGAAGUCUUUGAGAUUGGUCCCAAAAGAGUGCAAAUUGCCCUUGCUCAGUACAGUGGAGACCCCAGAACAGAGUGGCACCUAAAUGCUCACAAAGACAAGAAGAGCUUGCUGCAAGCAGUGGCAAACUUGCCCUACAAAGGGGGCAAUACCCUCACAGGCAUGGCUUUGAACUUCAUUCGCCAGCAGAGCUUCAAGACCCAAGCUGGCAUGAGACCUCGUGCUCGGAAAAUUGGUGUUCUUAUUACCGAUGGAAAAUCACAGGAUGAUGUGGAGGCUCCGUCCCAGAAACUCAAAGAUGAAGGAGUUGAGCUGUUUGCUAUUGGUAUUAAAAAUGCCGAUGAAGUUGAGUUAAAGAUGAUCGCAACUGAUCCUGAUGAUACCCAUGCAUACAAUGUGGCAGAUUUCGAGUCACUCUCCAAGAUUGUGGAUGACCUCACCAUUAACUUGUGCAACAGUGUCAAAGGUCCUGGUGACUUGGAAGCACCUUCUAACUUAGUUAUUUCUGAGAGAACUCAUCGGUCUUUCAGAGUGAGCUGGACCCCUCCUUCUGACAGUGUGGAUAGAUAUAAGGUGGAAUACUAUCCCGUUUCUGGAGGAAAACGCCAAGAAUUUUAUGUGAGUCGGCUAGAAACUAGCACAGUACUGAAAGACUUGAAGCCUGAAACUGAGUAUGUUGUUAAUGUGUAUUCCGUGGUGGAAGAUGAAUAUAGUGAGCCUCUGAAGGGCACAGAAAAAACCUUGCCAGUCCCUGUAGUGAGUCUGAAUAUUUAUGAUGUUGGUCCAACUAACAUGCAUGUGCAGUGGCAGCCUGUGGGAGGAGCUACUGGCUACACCUUGUCACACCAACCUGUUAAGACCACAGAACCCACCAAACCCAAAGAGAUGCGUGUGGGGCCGACAGUGACUGAUGUGCAGCUGACUGACCUCCUUCCCAACACUGAGUAUGAGGUCACCAUCCAGGCUGUUUUGCAUGACCUCACUAGCGAACCUGCCACUGCUCGGGAAGUUACCUUGCCUUUACCCAAACCUCAGGAUGUGAAACUCAGAGAUGUGACUCACAGCACUAUGAAUGUCAUUUGGGAACCUGUGCUUGGAAAAGUGCGCAAAUAUAUUGUUCGAUACAAAACACCAGAAGAGGAUUUCAAAGAGGUAGAGGCGGACAGAUCACGGACCAGCACCUCCCUCAAAGACCUCUUCUCUCAAACCCAGUACACAGUCAGUGUUUCUGCAGUAUAUGAUGAGGGGGAGUCUCCCCCAGUGACUGCUCAAGAGAUGACCCGAUCUGUUCCAGCCCCAACAAACCUAAGGCUGUCUGAAGUAACACCAGAGAGCUUCAGAGGAACCUGGGAUCACGGGGCUUCAGAUGUGUCUCUUUACAGAAUAACUUGGGCACCUGUUGGAAGCUCGGAUAAAAUGGAGACCAUCUUAAAUGGAGAUGAAAAUACCUUGGUGUUUGAAAACCUGCAUCCCAACACUCUCUACGAAGUUUCCAUUACUGCCAUCUAUCCUGAUGAAUCAGAAAGCGAUGAUCUGACUGGCAGCGAACGCACAUUGCGUUUGAUACCCUUAACAACACAAGCUCCAAAAAGUGGCCCACGAAACCUUCAGGUGUACAAUGCAACAUCUAACAGCUUGACUGUUAAGUGGGAUCCUGCUAGUGGUCGUGUGCAGAAAUACAGACUCACUUACCAGCCUUCAACAGGAGAGGGAAAUGAACAAACGACCACAAUAGGAGGACGGCAGAACAGUGUGGUCCUGCAGAAACUGAAGCCCGACACUCCUUACACGAUCACUGUGUCCUCCCUGUAUCCUGAUGGAGAAGGGGGUCGGAUGGCUGGAAGAGGCAAGACCAAACCUCUCAAUACCGUGAGGAACCUGCGAGUAUAUGACCCUUCUACCGGCACUCUGAGCGUUCGCUGGGACCAUGCAGAGGGAAAUCCUCGCCAGUACAAGCUCUUCUAUGCACCAACAGCAGGAGGCCCAGAGGAACUGGUACCAAUCCCUGGCAAUACCAAUUAUGCCAUUCUUAGGAAUCUGCAGCCGGAUACCCCAUACACUGUGACAGUAGUUCCUGUUUACACUGAAGGUGACGGGGGACGCACAUCAGAUACUGGAAGGACAUUGGUGAGAGGACUGGCAAGAAAUGUCCAAGUGUAUAAUCCUACGCCCAACACCCUUGAUGUUCGUUGACCCGCUCCUGGGCCUGUGCAACAGUACCGUAUCGUGUAUUCUCCUGUUGCUGGCACAAGACCCUCGGAAUCUAUUGUGGUGCCAGGAAACACUCACAUGGUGCAUCUGGAGCGGCUGAUUCCUGACACACCCUACUCUGUGAACAUUGUGGCUCUCUACUCAGAUGGAGAGGGGAAUCCCAGCCCCGGCCAAGGCCGAACACUUCCACGAAGUGGACCAAGGAAUCUGAGAGUCUUUGGGGAGACAACCAAUAGCCUGUCUGUAGGCUGGGAUCAUGCUGAUGGACCAGUUCAGCAGUACAGGAUCAUUUAUUCUCCCACCGUUGGUGAUCCAAUUGAUGAAUAUACCACAGUUCCAGGCAGAAGAAAUAAUGUAAUACUGCAGCCCCUGCAAUCUGAUACUCCAUAUAAAAUUACUGUUAUUGCUGUUUAUGAAGAUGGAGAUGGUGGCCAUCUAACUGGAAAUGGAAGAACUGUGGGACUUCUUCCGCCUCAGAACAUACACAUCUCUGAUGAGUGGUAUACAAGGUUCAGAGUGUCUUGGGAUCCUUCGCCCUCUCCAGUUCUUGGAUAUAAAAUUGUGUAUAAGCCAGUAGGUUCCAAUGAACCCAUGGAAGCCUUUGUUGGAGAAGUGACAUCAUACACUUUGCACAGUCUCAAUCCCAGCACUACCUAUGACGUGAGUGUUUAUGCUCAGUAUGAUUCUGGACUCAGCCUUCCUCUCACAGAUCAAGGCACUACAUUGUAUUUAAAUGUGACAGAUCUGAAAACUUACCAAGUUGGGUGGGAUACAUUCUGUGUCAAAUGGUCACCUCACCGGGCAGCGACCUCCUACAGGCUAAAACUGAGUCCUGCAGAUGGAACUAGAGGACAAGAAAUUACAGUGCGUGGAUCAGAAACUAGCCACUGCUUCACUGGCCUCUCACCAGAGGCUGAAUAUAGUGCUACUGUUUUUGUGCAGACACCAAAUCUUGAGGGGCCAGGUGUUCCCAUCAAAGAACAUACCACUGUAAAGCCAACGGAAGCUCCUACAGAGCCACCUACACCCUCUCCUCCUCCCACUAUUCCUCCAGCCCGUGAUGUAUGCAAAGGGGCCAAGGCUGAUAUUGUGUUCUUGACGGAUGCCUCUUGGAGUAUUGGGGAUGAUAAUUUUAACAAAGUUGUAAAAUUCAUUUUCAAUACUGUGGGGGCCUUUGAUGAAAUCAGUCCUGCUGGGAUUCAGGUUUCAUUUGUGCAGUACAGUGAUGAGGUCAAGUCUGAGUUCAAGCUGAACACAUACAAUGACAAGGCCUUGGCUCUUGGGGCCCUUCAGAACAUUAGGUACAGAGGAGGAAACACAAGAACAGGCAAGGCCCUCACAUUUAUCAAGGAGAAGGUCUUGACCUGGGAGAGCGGCAUGAGGAAGAAUGUCCCCAAGGUGUUAGUUGUGGUCACCGAUGGUCGGUCACAGGAUGAGGUCAAGAAGGCAGCUUUCAUCAUACAGCAGUCAGGGUUCAGUGUCUUUGUAGUUGGUGUGGCUGAUGUGGACUACAGCGAACUUGCUAACAUUGCCAGCAAGCCAAGUGAACGGCAUGUGUUCAUUGUGGAUGACUUUGAAUCCUUUGAGAAGAUAGAGGAUAACCUCAUUACAUUUGUUUGUGAAACUGCCACCUCAAGUUGCCCUCUCAUUUAUUUGGAUGGCUACACCUCACCAGGUUUUAAGAUGCUUGAAGCAUACAACCUGACAGAAAAGAAUUUUGCUUCUGUACAAGGAGUCUCUCUGGAGUCAGGGUCUUUCCCCAGCAUCUCAGCUUACAGGCUUCAGAAGAAUGCCUUUAUCAGUCAGCCUACUGUAGAACUACAUCCAAAUGGACUCCCUCCUUCAUAUACAAUUAUAUUAUUGUUCAGACUUCUCCCAGAAACUCCCAAUGAUCCUUUUGCCAUUUGGCAAAUUACAGACAGAGACUAUAAACCACAAGUUGGAGUAAUUGCAGAUCCUUCUAGCAAGACGUUAUCAUUCUUUAAUAAGGACACAAGAGGUGAAGUACAAACAGUUAUGUUUGACACAGAUGAAGUAAAGACACUAUUUUAUGGAAGUUUUCAUAAGGUUCAUAUUGUAGUCACUCCAAAAAGUGUUAAGAUUUACAUUGACUGCUAUGAAAUUAUAGAAAAAGAUAUCAAGGAAGCUGGAAACAUCACAACUGAUGGUUAUGAAAUUCUUGGAAAACUACUUAAAGGGGAAAGGAAAUCAGCCACAUUUCAAAUCCAGAGUUUUGACAUUGUCUGCAGCCCAGUAUGGACCAGUAGAGACAGAUGCUGUGAUAUUCCCUCUAGGAGAGAUGAAGCAAAAUGCCCUGCUCUUCCAAAUGCUUGUACAUGUACACAGGACAGCGUUGGACCUCCAGGUCCUCCAGGCCCUGCGGGAGGACCUGGUGCUAAAGGCCCCAGAGGUGAAAGAGGUAUCAAUGGAGCAAUUGGACCUCCUGGUCCUCGUGGAGAUACUGGUCCUCCAGGCCCCCAGGGUCCUCCAGGUCCCCAGGGACCCAAUGGACUCUCUAUUCCAGGAGAACAAGGUCGCCAGGGUAUGAAAGGUGAUGCUGGAGAACCAGGACUUCCAGGUCGAACAGGAACGCCAGGAUUACCUGGCCCACCAGGACCAAUGGGACCUCCUGGAGAUAGAGGCUUCACUGGAAAAGAUGGUGCAAUGGGACCCAGGGGCCCACCUGGACCACCGGGAAGCCCAGGCUCUCCGGGAGUCACAGGGCCAAGUGGGAAACCAGGAAAACCUGGAGACCAUGGCAGACCAGGUCAGUCUGGGUUAAAAGGAGAAAAAGGUGAUAGGGGAGACACUGCUUCUCAGAACAUGAUGCGAGCAGUUGCGAGACAAGUCUGUGAACAGCUGAUAAGUGGUCAGAUGAGCAGAUUCAAUCAGAUGCUGAAUCAGAUUCCAAAUGAUUACCACUCUAGUCGCAACCAGCCUGGCCCACCUGGUCCUCCAGGGCCCCCUGGCAGUGCUGGAGCCAGAGGGGAACCGGGACCUGGGGGGCGACCAGGCUUCCCUGGCACACCUGGGAUGCAGGGACCUCCUGGCGAACGAGGUUUGCCUGGAGAGAAGGGUGAAAGAGGUAUUGGAUCUCCAGGACCCCGAGGACUGCCUGGCCCCCCAGGUCCACAAGGAGAAUCCAGAACAGGUCCACCAGGGUCCACAGGUUCAAGAGGUCCUCCUGGUCCCCCUGGCCGUCCUGGAAAUUCGGGUAUCCGAGGACCUCCAGGUCCUCCUGGAUACUGUGAUUCAUCCCAGUGUGCCAGCAUCCCAUACAACGGGCAAGGCUAUCCAGGUUCCGGCUAACAAAUUUUCUAAGUCGCCAGUGCUGCUUACAGUUUGAAUACAUGAAAAUCCUGUUUCUGAGAUGUAUGCGCACGUGCUUUUUAGAAAAUGAGUCUGUAUGGAAAUCUCACCACAGAUAUGGUUAACGAACUGGGUCGACAUCAUAAAGGAGGGUGGAGACUCUUUAUUACUAACUUGAAUGAUACAAAAGCAGUGGUGUCAGCCUGAUGCAUUUCAGUAAUAACAUAGAAGAAUCUUUUUUAAAAAAAGUUCAAACGGCCAUGAGGAGCUGCAGUUGUGAAAGAGAUGCAUUAUAAACCUACUAACCAGCAGAAAUCAUGCCAUUCUAAGAAAAAAAAUUAACCUGGUUAAAGAGAAAUGUCUUAUGUAAAUAAUAAACUAAUUGUGGCUUGUAAGUGUUUUGUAUGUGAUCCUGUCCACUAAAAUUUUCUUAACAAUUCUACAGUUAGCUUCGCAUCAGAGCCUGCUGGCUGCUUGCUCUCUGCUGUAAUAACACCGAACGGACUCUCUUGCUUGUGAGCAGUGUGUCUGAUUCAGGGCAUGUGACGUCUUAUUUCUUCUGAACAUGUGUCUCAUUUGGGUUUUGUAACUGCAAUUUUCAAACCAAAGUUUAAAAUCACUUUUUUUUUCCUGUUUUGCUGUAGUGUUUGAUGUUCCUCACCCACUAGCUGUAACUCAGUCUGUGGGGGGGGGGGACAGUUGGUCACAGGAAAUGUCAUGUACUGUAUACUACCUGGUGAUAGUGGCUUUUCACCUCCAGAAUUCAGUUUCUAGGAGCCAAUAAAAUUUCUCCUCACCUCCUCACCUUUCCAAGUUGUUCUUUGAGUUGAGGAGUUUGAAGUCAUGAACAGUGAUUUGAGGAUUUGCGAAAAUCCCAGCUUGGUAUUGUGUUUACAAUUCCUUUGCCCAGUUUUUGAUCCUUCCCAGGUAUUAGUGCAAUGAUUGUAUUUACUGCUGGACCUUUGGAGGUUUUCAUUUCUUUUUAAAGUGCCAUUUCAUUAUUUGAUCACCAAAUUCUCUCUGCAAAUGGAAAUAAUCAGGACACUAAUUUAACUAUUUAUGGUUAUGAGAUUAAGACUGGAGUGCUGUCACCUCUUGGUGAUGAUUUAGCUUUUGCUGUGCGUGUGCCUUCCAAAUCAUGCCAUAACUGUAAUGUUGAAUCGGACAGAGCCCUUCGUGCCCGAGGGCGGGGCCUUCCUGCCUGAGCGCGAGCCCUUCAUCGUGCCUGUGGAGCCCGAGAGGACCCCCGAAUACGAGGACUACGGCGCCGACGACCCCGCGGACCCCGCCGAGGAGCAGCCACAUCCCCACCGUUGGCGGCGCGCGCUGCGCCUGCACCGCGGCCCCGCGCAGCGAACCUGAACCUGAGACCUGAGACCACGCGCCCUGCUGCCAGGCUGGGGGGAGGUGCUGGGAUUUUCUUUUACAGGUCAGAUCGAGCGGGGUACGACUUUGCUGUGAUGUUUUCUCCAGCGUUGCUUCAUCCAGGAGUACCCUUUCUGACUGUAGAGAACCUUGUUUCUGCAGGAAGCCUAGCUCGCCACACGCAGUCUGUAAAAGUCUAUACCUUUGUCUUGCAAAUGCUCGCAGAAUACUUUGUUCACAAAAGCUGCAAGGAGAGAACGCACCCUGUGCGGGCAGCCUAGGUGAAACUCUUAGGUUAAGCAGCAAAUCCUGGAACCCAGGGCUACUGCGUAUUUCGAGGGGGCAGUUUAUCUUUUCUAGUACUUUUCUGCAAUCCAUUACACCACGAUUCAAGUUAUUCCUUUCUUUAUCAAAAAGGAGGGAAACCUCAACUCCACUGCAAUCUCUGAUCUCCCUUUUCUAUCCUCCGUUGCACGUUAGGGCUUAGAUGCUCUUACACAUCUCCUUUAACAACCACAGACCUUAAGCCAUGUAGCUGAAGUUAUGUAUCAGCCGGAUACAGUUCCAUAUUGCCUGAAACCUCCUUGUUUGUAGACACACUAACAUUUAUGCCAAAUUGCAGAUUAUUCUGCAGAGAUGGAAUUGCAUGUUUGUGUUGUAUAUUUAGUAUGAACUUUUUUUUUUGCCAGAACAUGUUUCUUAGUUAUCAAAAGCAGUUGGAAAAUGUUUGCAAGACUAUGAACAUAGAAUUGCUGCUUUUAUAUUUUAACUGCAAAUUGUGAAUUUCACUGCCUUAUAUUAUUUAUUUCUGAAACAAAAGAGGCAUUUUUCAAUAAAACUACUGAAAAUUUGA